UUCCAUUGCCCUCCAUUUCCUUUCACCCCUCGCCUUGCCUCGUUCUUUUUCUCUCCCCUUCCUCCCUCCCUUCCCCUCUUUUGACACUCUUUUCUGGAGGAGCGAGUCUCCUCCCGUCUCCCGAUGUGCCCCUCUCAGCGUCCCUGCGACUCAAAAACCGACCUCUUUUUCCAAGAGCAUGAAACGGGAAAGCUCGUCCCCAUGAUAACUGUCGUACGCCGGCGUAGACGAUGGCAUUUGGUUCACCCCUCCUGGUACCGCAACAGCUUGCUGGCCAGUACGGGAUUUUUAGAGUUCGCCAAUGCGGGUGAUUUUGCAGCCAAUGUGUGGAAUGAGAUCCCUGUUCCUCGGCACGCUAUGAUCCUGAUGGCCAUUGGAGGUCCAAUCGCUUUAUUAAUGAGUGUCGUUGCCCUCCGCGACUUCAUCCUCAGCUGGCGAAACGUGAAACGUCUCCACGCCGAACGUAAAUACCUACAAUCGCUACAAAAUGAUUAUUUGGUGUCCACCAACCCAGACCCGGAUCUCAUCCGGUUGAUCGACAGCCGUCUUGGCGUCGGAUGGCGCGAGCUGGGCACUGAGCUUAUUGACCGCAUCGCUAUGGACGUUUUUCUCGGACUCGGUGCUCUCCUCGUCGGCACGGGAACCAUUAUGGCCAUCUGGGGCGCCCACCCCAAAGUUUUCCACGCUAGUAACCUCCUCUCCGGAUUCGUGGGGAACGCCUUUGCCGCCUCAUUUGGAGUCGUCAACGCCGUCUGGUCCGUAUACCUUGCCCGCCGAUUCCACCGAUACGAUCGAGCCUGCGCGCGUGUACCCGCCCUGGCCCCCUUCCGAGACCGCCUUCACCUUCGCUUCAACAAAUUUAAGUGGCACGCCGUCGUCUCCGGCCUCACCGGUCUCAUCGCCGGCGCCGCCUCCAUGGUCACAGCCAAGAUGUGGUGGGGAUACGUGGUACUCGCGCCAUGCAUGGUCCUCCAGGUGGCAUGCAACCGGUUCUGGCGAGUGCACCUAGGCUACGAUCGGCCGGUCGUCAGCGACUACGAUCAACGCGGGAUCCUACUCCGAGAGACGCAAGAAAUUCGCGACGAAGAAAAGGACGCACCGUUACUGGACAGUCUCGCAACCACGGUAACCUUGUACAACGCGCUCGGUGCUCUCCCCUCGCCGAGCGAGGCCCUCGACUGGACGAGGCUGGACUCUCUUGUCCAAUUCAUCAUCACGAACGAUCUCUUUGAUUCCCUCUGCGACUGGCUCGCGCGCGAUAAAUCCGUUCCUUCCGACGUCCGGGACGCCGUCUUCCGUCUCCCCGCUUCCGACGCGGAACUCGUCGAGGUCACUCUCACCCCAGAGCAUCUCCUCGCUAUUCCCCUGCCGCUACAAGCUCAACUGCGCGAUCUGUGUCGUCAGUAUCUCCAGCACGCCGGACGGAAAGUCCUGCUGUAUCGGGAGCGGUAUUUGUUAGAAAUGAUGGGGUCUAUGCUCUCCAGGGAGAGUGAGUAAUAUAGCACGUCCUGUAUACCAAUAUGUAUAUCGUCUCUCUUGAAUAGGGGGGGGGCCAUUGGGACACUCUGUGCCGGCACAUGAGGCAGUAGAUCUGCAUGCAUAGAU